AUGGGUUGCCAAUCGAAACAAAACCAGCGUAUCGAAGAAAAGCAACGAAUCAAACCGAAUCGAACAAUACUUUCCGACGAAGUCCUCUUCCUCCUACGAAGAAGGAGAAAAAAAAAAUCAAAACCCUUAAAAAAAAACCCUCCAAAAGAAAUCUCCCAAAUCAAACCCCAAAAAUGGGACUCUUCUCUCUCCUCUUCUUCCUCUCUCUCUCCACCCUCGCCUCCUCCAAUCCCCUCGACCCCCUCCCAACUCCCCUCCUCCUCCUCCUCCUCCUCCGCCGGCGGCGAGGACGACGCCCAGUUGCGAUGCGACAGCUGGCGCUUUGCCUGCGAGGCCAACAAUCUCGGUCCUUGGAAGACGAUCCCAACUCAGUGCGCAGCCUACGUGGAGGAUUACAUGAUGGGGAAGAGGUACAGAUUCGAUCUCGAUAUGGUCGCCGGCGAGGCGUCUGCGUACGCGAGGUCGGUGGGGAUGGCGGGAGACGGGAAGGACGCCUGGGUGUUCGAUGUGGACGAGACUUUGCUGUCGAAUUUGCCUUAUUAUCAGGAUCAUGGGUUUGGUUUGGAGCUUUUUAAUGGGCAAGAGUUUGAUAAAUGGGUUUCCAAAGCAACAGCUCCUGCUAUAGAAUCCAGUUUAAAGUUUUAUGAGGAAGUUCUUGGGUUGGGAUUUAAGGUAUUCUUGUUGACUGGUCGAGCUGAAGCACAGAGGAGUACUACUACUGACAAUCUGCAUGCCGUAGGUUUCCGCAACUGGGAGAAACUUAUACUGAGGGGGCUGGAUGAUCAUGAAAAGACAGCAACAGCAUACAAGUCAGAGAAAAGGUCUGAAAUUGUUGGAGAUGGAUACAGAAUUGUAGGGAACUGGGGAGACCAGUGGAGUGAUUUGUUGGGUUAUCCUAUGAGCAAUCGAUCAUUUAAGCUGCCAAAUCCCAUGUAUUUUAUUGCCUGACAUUCUUAAACAUGAUACCUUCAAUAAAAAUAGGGUUAUUUGUGGAUUA